AUGGUUACUCUGUUAUCUAAAAUUGAUGCGAAUUUAUUACAAUUUGCAGAAACCAAACGAGAGACUAUUAAUCUUUAUAUACCUGAUCCUAUAAGCAACGUAAUCCAAGGGAAUACUAAUGAUGAUAAUAAUGAAGAAAAGAUAGUAGAAAAAGAAGAAGAAGAAGAAGAAGAAGGAGUUGCAUCUUUUAAGAAUAAUAUAUCAAUAAAUGACAGUUCAUAUUCUGGAAGUAUAUAUACUCCUACACAUGACAUUCUUUCUUACUAUGUUUCUUCAAAGUAUAAUUCAGUGGCUCUUUAUCAAUUAACCAGCACUAACUAUUUAAAGUUAGUUCAUAUCCAUUUUUACACUAAACUAUUAAAUAAACAUCAUACUCUAUCUUUAUUAUUGCAUGAAAAUGAAGAAAUAUUAGUAAUAAAUAUGAUCUUAGAUGAUAAUGUCUUCAUUUCUAUCAACUUACCAUUAAGUAUCUUUACCAAAUUAACUAAAACAAACGAAGUUAAGCUUGAUAAAAAUUGGUUCACUGCACAUGUUCCAUAUGAUUUCACUGUUAGACUCCCACAUUUUUUAUACACUAUCAACUCUGAAUUUUCAAUGGUCUUUUUAGAAGAUGGUGGUUUAUUAGGAUUAAAGAGUCUUAAUGAUAAAAGUUUUGAACCUAUUUUAUUUAAUGAUGGCUCGUAUCUUCAAAAUUUGCUAGGUAUAUUCAAAAAAAAUAAAACUCAUGGCAAAGUUAUCAGUUGUACAACCUUUCAAAAUAGAUUUUUAAUUACAUUAACCGAAUUCGCAUACCUAAGAAUUUGGGAUUUAAAGACUUUUAAUCUAGUUCAGAAUAUUAUUUUAUUACCAACCGACUCUGGAUCAAUAAAUAAGACAUAUGAUAUUAUUGGUAAAUAUUUGACAAUUUACCAUAAUUUCUUAUGCAUCUAUUUACCUUAUGAAAAUGGCAAAUUUCAAAUUUAUACCCUAUUUAUAGAUAAUUCAGAUUGUUUACAAGUGAGUACCCAAUCGAUUAUAGCUUGUAAUUUAUCAUCAUCUUCUAUUUGGUUUUUAGCAGAUAUGAAAUUAACAAGACCUUUGGAUUUAAAUCUAUCUAACAGCUUUAUCAAUUUGGUUAUCCUUUGGAAAAGUGGUGAUAACAGUAAACUUCAAUUGUUGAACAUUACUGAUGAAACUUUGACAGGUUACCAAUGGAUUGAAUCAUCUAGCAAGUCAAUUAAUGAUAUAGAUUCUAAUUUAGAUCUAAUAUCUGAAAAUAACGUUAUCUCAAGUGAUGAUUUCGAUAAAAUGUUAUUCAAAUUAAAAACUCGUUACCCAAAGGAUAUAUUUGAACGUGCUCAAUCAAUCCUAAAUGAAAACAAUAUUGUUAUAAAACAAAAUAAUACAUAUUCAGAAACUGACAUGAAACAAAAUUUGGAAUAUUUAGGCAACUUGGAGACAAUAUUAAAAGAUCUUAAAAAACAAGCAAAUGAUGUAUCAUCCCUAUCUCUUUACAAAAAUGAAAUCAUUAUUGUCAACACUUUAAACAAAUAUAAUCAUUCUGUCUUUAAGGUUAACAAUACUAUAGAAAAUUAUUUUUAUAACAUUACAAACAAGAUUGAGAAAACUGAUUCUGAACUGAUCAAAUUUUUGAAAAGUUUAUAUGUUUUCAUUACAUCCAUAUCUGAUGAAACUUUAUUAGAUUGCACAAGAAAGUUUAUGGAUGUUAUCACUGGAAAAAUAUCUAAAGAGUUAUCAUUACCUGAAAAAUUCUCAAUUAUAUUUAAGGAAACAUUACAAUCAAGAUUUGAUGUUAAUCAAUUGCAGAUUCUUUUUAAUGAAUUAAAUAGCCUUGACGUAGUUAAUGUGAUAAAUGAUUUUGUUGAUAACCAUAUUUUAGAUACAAAACAAAACAAAAAUUUCAUUGAAUUGUUAACAUCCAAUAUAUUCAGUGAUAUUGUAUCUAUUGAGAGUCUAUAUCAAAGUAUAAGUAUUGCUAAUAAGUUUGUAUUAAUGGUACUAUUAGUGUUUGUCUUACUAGAUUCAAAUUAUUCCAUAUUUGAUAAACAAUUAAACACAUUAUUGGAAAUAUUUUAUAAGCAAUCCCUAUUCCUAAAACUUUAUCAACAAAAUAAUUAUUUAUUAAUGAAAGAUGUUUUGAAAAAGACCACUGAAUUAGGACAUGGAAUAAAGCUUGAUUCAUAUUCGCAAUGGAAUAAUUAUAUUCAACAUGCAGUUCAACAAAUUUACUCUUUACCUAUUGAAUCUAAUGAUUACUUGUGGAGAUUCUUUGAAUAUUAUGUUGUUGUAUCACCAUUAGACCAAACCACACAAAAUCUAAAAGCAUUUUCUAAUUUAAGAUCAUUAUUUUAUAUCCAUGAUAAUAAGACACAUGAAUUUUUGCAAGCAAUGUUAUUAUUUAUUUGCGGGGAUUAUAACCAAUCUUUUGAUUUCUUCCAAUUACAUGAUGAUUAUGUUGAUACACCUCGUGAAUCUCUUCCUUAUUUUUUAAAUAAUAUUAUUGAUGACACAUAUGGUGAAACUUUAUGGUCUAAUAUACUUAAAUGUUAUAUUAGUAAAGAUAAUAAGUUAGCAAGAUUUAAUUACUAUUUGUCUUGUUUAUUUGAAACAUAUGCAAAUGACAAUAAAUUAGCAUUAAGAGCUAUACAAAAAUCAAUAGAUAUUGCAAUGCAUAAUGAAGUGCAAGAUAUUAAAGAUUUUGAUAUUGCCACAAUCCAACAUCAACAAUUGUUAGAUCUCCUACUUUAUUUCUCUCUGUAUGAAGAAGCUAUUGAUGUUUUACGUCUAAGUCAUUUCUGCCUUCCAGUUCCUGAAAGAACAAAGUAUUUCCAAAAAAUGUUAGGUCAUGGAAACCAUAAUACAGUUUUCUUUUCAAAACUGUUAACAUUAUGUAAAACAUACAAUCAAGAUAAAGAGGGUAAAAAGUUUUUAUCUCAUGAAGACUAUCAUAUUAUAGAUUCUAUAUUAUUAAAUAAUCUGGAAAUUACCAAGGAUUGGAAAGAUUAUAAAAGAGUUUACAGUUUCAGACUAUUAAACAGAUCUGAAAGGGAGGCCGCUGAGAUCAUUUACCAAUAUUAUAUCAAGCAUGGUAUUCAUCAAGAUGUGGAAAUCCAAAAACAAUGUUACUUAAUUGUCAUGAAUAUAUUGGAGACAUUCGACACCGUAUACGAUCAAUGGUUGGUAAAUGGUAGUAAUAUUAUAUCAUUACAAGAUUUAAGAAAUGAUUUCAAAAGAUUAUGA